UUUUGAACUCUACUCUCCCUUAUUUUUAGCUGGCCUGUUUCUUACCCAGUUCAAGGCUGUGUUCCCUUGCUGGGUUGUCCUAUGACAGAUUGCAAACCGCCCCCACCCCCACCGGUGGGAAAAGGAAUCAUUUAGAGAUCAUACAGAACUAGAAGAACCCUUAGGAUAAUGUGUUCUUAACCUGGAGUAUGGUUAAGUGCUCGACUACUAGCUGACAGGUUGGUGGUUCAUACUCACUCAGACACCUUGGAAGACAGACCUGGUGAUCACCUUCUGAGAGAUCACCUUUGGAGCAGCUCUACUUUGCAACACAUGGGGUUGCCAUGAGUUGUAAUCAACUUGACAGCAACUAACAAUAACAACCUGUAGUAGAUCUUUAAAAUUAUAGGUAAAAUGUUGUGUGUCUGCAUUUUUCUAAGGAAGGGUAUUUUAGCUUUCACAACAUUGUCAAGUGUUUCUUGGCUUCCAAAAGGUUAGAAACCAUUGAGUUCAGCUUAUCUCACAGAAGAACAACUGAAAUUUAGAGAGUGGGAAAUAGACUUAACUGGUCCAAGGUCACAUGGUUAUACAAAGUUUAGACUUGGAUCCAGAUCUCCUGACUCUACAGCUUUUCCUCAUUAUACCUUAUCAUUUGUGGAGUGAGGUCUAAAUAAAAUGUGAGUGUGGUUUAUACUACACAAAUCAGUCUUGUGUUUACUACCAUAGCUCCUUCUUCCCAGAAUCCUAAAUUCCUUUGUGACAGAUUUUCAGGAGCAACUAUGUAUUUCCCUCUCUGAAAACACAUAUUUAGUGUGAAAGUGAUUUCUGGAAACCUUUCUCCCUCAGAGGAUUAAGUUUUCUGGAUAAAACUUCAGCUUGGAACUUGGCCACAGAUAAGCUGACUCUUCUUAAACUAGUCAUUCAGUUUUUUUGUGCCUGCCUUUUCCUAGACAUAAAAGCCGUUAGUAGAUCCUCUCUUUCUUAGGCUAGUGCCAAAAAGCUAAUGUUGGUCUGUCAGGUAACUCUUUAGACCUGUGCUGUCUGAUGUCAUAGUUACUAGCCAUAUGCGGCUGUUCAAAUUCAAAUUAAUUACAGUUAAAUAAAAUUAACUCAGUUCUUCAGUUACUCUAGCCAUAUUUCAAGUGUUCAAUAGCCAUAUGUGGCUAGUGGCUGCCAUAUUGAGAGGCACAGGUAUAGAACAUUUCCAUGAUCACAGAAAGUUUAUUGAAUAUCCUUGGUUUAGAGGGUUGCCAGGUGAGGUAGGUAGCAGUGUCGUGUAAUGAAAGAAGGCCCAGAGAGUUGAAUUUUUGAGUCAAAAAAUCGAUGUCUUUUCAGUUCCUGUUGGGGCCUGGUGCCUUGGGCAGGUCAUUAAGCAUCUCAGCCACAGAUUAUUCAUCUUUAAAUAAUGAACCAUUUUAUUUGUGUAACACCUGACUAUCCUCAAGUAGAGUUAGAUCUAGUGUAUUCUUUGCAUGUUAUCACUGUAAAUCUGUGGUAAAGUGGGUGAGACUUUUCUUCUUAUAAGUAAAAGAGAGAACUGAACCUAAAGCAGCUAAUGGACCUGCCCCAAAUCACUCAUGCUGGCAGAAUAUAAAGACAUCUCUUACACGUAGACACUACAUGCUUGAAUCAAUAACUGAAUGAAUCAAUUCAAGCAGUUUGCUUACCCGUUGCUGUCGAGUCAAUUCCGACUCAUAGCAACCUUAUAGGAUAGAGUAGAACUACUCCAUCGAGUUUCCAAGGAGCGCCUGGUGGAUUCAAACUGCCGACCUUUUGGUUAGCAGCCGUAGCACUUAACCACUUUGCCACCAGGGUUUCUGCAGUUUGCUUAGGGUGAUGAAAUAUAUGAAGAAGGGGUCAAAACUUCUGACUUCUAGACAAGUAUUCUUUUUACCUGUUAUCAUGGAAUACUUGUGAUGUGGAGCUAAUAAAUCUCUCAGUUGAAGGAUUGCUGUGAGUAUCCAGUGAGGGAAUAUAAAUGAAAAGGCUGUCUAAGCUGGUUGUCCCAAAUUUGCCUGGUCAAAAGAAUCUCCUAGGGCACUUACUAGCAUACAGAUUUCCAUGUCCUCUAGAGAUUCUGAGUCAGAAGGGCUGAAGUGGAGCCCUGGAAUCUAUAUGUCUAAGAAAUACCUCGGGUUCUUCUUAAGAUCCUCUGAGUUUGGGAAAUGGCUAAGCCUUAAGACCUGGCAGAGGUUAAGAGAUUGGUUGAUCAGGAGGUUGCUGCCCCUUUUAGGGUAGAUUCCUGAAACUAUGUUUGACUUUCCUCUCCUCUAGCCAUGGAUGCAUCAUAUGAUGGUACUGAGGUAACUGUCGUGAUGGAGGAAAUUGAGGAAGCCUACUGUUAUACCUCCCCUGGGCCACCCAAGAAGAAGAAAAAGUAUAAAAUACAUGGAGAAAAGGCCAAGAAACCCAGGUCUGCUUACCUCCUGUACUAUUAUGACAUCUACCUGAAAGUGCAGCAGGAGCUUCCCCAUCUCCCUCAGUCUGAGAUCAAUAAGAAGAUUAGUGAGAGCUGGAGGCUUCUCAGUGUGGCGGAAAGGAGUUACUACUUGGAGAAAGCCAAACUAGAGAAAGAAGGUUUGGAUCCUAACUCCAAGCUGUCUACACUGACUGCUGUGGUUCCGGACAUCCCAGGCUUCCGCAAGAUCCUCCCCCGGUCAGAUUACAUCAUCAUCCCCAAGAGCAGUCUGCAGGAAGACCGGAGCUGCCCUCAGCUGGAGCUGUGUGUGGCCCAGAACCAGAUGUCCUCUAAAGGAACGCCUCUUGUGUCCAACACUGCCCCAGAGACAGUGCCCAGCCAUGCAGGCAUGGCAGAGCAGUGCCUGGCUGUGGAGGCCCUGGCUGAAGAGGUGGGAGCCCUUGCCCAGCCAGGUGCUGUACAGGAGAUCGCCACCUCGGAGAUCCUCAGCCAGGAUGUGCUUCUGGAGGAAGCUUCCCUGGAGGUAAGAGAGAGCCACCAACCUUACCAGACAAGCCUGGUGAUUGAAGAAACUUUAGUGAAUGGCUCACCAGACCUCCCCACCAGAAGCCUGGCUGUGCCCCAACCCCCGGUUGGGGAGAGCGUGUCCGUGGUAACAGUCAUGAGGGACUCCGGUGAGAAUAGCUCAUCUGCGCCAGCCACACAGUUCAUCAUGUUGCCUCUGCCUGCCUACCCAGUUGUGGAGAACCCCACCUCCAUCAAACUGACAACUACAUACACCCGCCGGGGCCAUGGGACUUGCACCAGCCCAGGUUGCUCCUUUACAUAUGUCACCAGGCACAAACCACCAAAGUGCCCUACAUGUGGUAACUUCCUAGGAGGGAAGUGGAUCCCAAAGCCCAUUGAAGAAGUUUUCAGCAGCUUCAACACUGGCGUUUCCUACUUCUCCACGUUAUGCACACGUUAUGAGAAGCCAGCCAAAGUCAAAGUAGAGUUGACUUCUGGUGUCUCUUCCAAAGGCUCUGUGGUUAAAAGAAAUCAACAGCCCGUCACUUCCGAGCAGAAUUCCCCUAAGGAGAACGCCUCCAAGCUGACACUGGAGAACUCGGAAGCCGUAAGCCAGCUCCUAAGUGUAGCUCCUCUAAGAGAAGCGGGUGAGGAGAAUGAAUGGGAGGAAACGAUCAUCUCAGAUGCUCGUGUUUUGGUCAAGGAAGUUCCUGGGAAUCGUGGUAUAGCAGUCACUAAGACGCCGGUCGUCAAGAGUAGUGUGCAGCCUGAGGUCACCCUGGGGACAACUGAGAAUGACAGUCCUGGAUCAGACAUACCACCGCCAGCUGAGGGGACCAGCAACUCCAGUUUACUCCCUUCUUCCAAAAAACCGCCAGGAGUUGACCUCACCCCUGGGCCCAGAGCCCCAGAGCUUAAAGGCAGAGCACGGGGCAAGCCUUCAUUACUGGCUGCAGCAAGACCCAUGAGAGCAAUUCUUCCGGCGCCAGCUAGUGUGGGGCGAGGUAGCAGCAUGGGACUGCCCAGGGCCAGGCAGGCCUUUCCCCUGAGUGAUAAGACUCCCUCUGUGAGGACUUGUGGUCUGAAGCCAAGCACACUGAAACAACUGGGCCAGCCCAUCCAACAACCAUCCAGCACCGGUGAGGUGAAGCUACCAAAUGGCCCAGCCCAUAGGACAUCUCAGGUGAAAGUUGUAGAGGUCAAGCCUGACAUGUUUCCUCCAUAUAAGUACAGCUGUACUGUCACGCUGGACUUGGGCCUGGCUACAUCGAGAGGCCGGGGAAAGUGCAAGAACCCCUCUUGUAGCUAUGUCUACACCAACCGACACAAACCGCGAAUUUGUCCCAGUUGUGGUUUUAACCUUGCCAAAGACCGGACUGAGAAAACCACCAAGGCUGUCGAGGCAAGCUCACCACUUCCAGAUGUGCUGAGUGCCACGGAGCCCCUGAGUGCAGCCCAGAGGGAGAUCCAGCGCCAGUCCACGCUGCAGCUGCUGCGCAAAGUCCUGCAGAUUCCUGAGAACGAGUCAGAGCUGACUGAGGUCUUCGCCUUGAUUCAUGAACUCAACAGCUCUCGACUCAUCCUGUCCAGUGUGAGUGAGGAGACAGUCACCAUCGAGCAAACCUCUUGGUCGAAUUACUACGAGUUUCCAUCCACGCAGUGCCUUCUCUGUAGCAGCUCGUUAUUCAAAGGGGGACAAAACUCUAUGGCUGGGCCCCAGGAGUGCUGGCUACUGACAGCCAACCGGCUGCAGGUGGUGACUGCCCAGGUGAAGAUGUGUCUGAACCCCCAUUGUCUGGCCCUGCACAGCUUCAUGGACAUCUACACAGGUCUCUUUAAUGUGGGGAACAGGCUGCUAGUGAGCCUGGACUUGCUUUUUGCAGUCCGAAACCAGAUCAAGCUGGGAGAGGAUCCCAGAGUGUCCAUCAGUGCUGUUCUGAAGUCAGUGCAGGAGCAGACAGAGAAGACUCUGACCUCAGAGGAGCUGAGCCAGCUGCAGGAGCUGCUGUGCAGUGGCUACUGGGCUUUCGAGUGCCUCACUGUCCGAGACUACAAUGACAUGAUCUGUGGCAUCUGUGGCGUGGCCCCCAAAGUGGAAAUGGCCCAGAGGAGUGAAGAGAAUGUGCUGGCGUUGAAGAGUGUGGAGUUCACCUGGCCUGAGUUCUUGGGCUCUAGUGAGGUAAACAUGGAGGACUUUUGGGCCACGAUGGAGACAGAGGUAAUUGAGCAGGUGGCGUUCCCUGCCAGCAUCCCUAUCACCAAGUUUGAUGCCUCUGUUAUUGCCCCCUUCUUCCCACCACUCAUGAGAGGAGCUGUGGUCGUCAACACUGAGAAAGACAAAAACCUGGAUGUGCAGCCAGCACCUGGCAAUGGUAGUGCCUUGGUGAGGCUGCUCCAGGAGGGUACCUGCAAGCUCGAGCAGAUUGGUUCCUACAGUGAGGAGGAGCUGCGGCAACUGCUGGGCCAUUGUGGCAUCCCCUUUGGGGCAGAAGACUCCAAGGACCAGCUCUGCUUCUCCUUGUUGGCCCUCUACGAAUCUGUGCAGAAUGGAGCCAGAGCUAGACAGCCCCCACCUCAUCUCACAGGGGGUAAAAUCUACAAAGUGUGCCCCCAUCAGGUAAUCUGUGGCUCUAAGUACCUUGUGCGGGGCGAGAGUGCCCGCGACCAUGUAGAUCUGCUUGCCUCUUCCCGCCAUUGGCCACCUGUCUACGUGGUAGACAUGGCCACACCAGUGGCCCUGUGUGCUGACCUCUGCUACCCAGAGCUGACCAGCCAGAUGUGGGGGAGGAACCAGGGCUGUUUCUCCAGCCCCAUGGAGCCACCUCUGAGUGUGUCCUGCCCAGAGCUCUUGGACCAGCAUUAUACUGUGGACAUGACGGAGACUGAGCAUUCUGUCCAGCACCCGGUCACCAAGACGGCCACACGGCGCAUUGUCCAUGCAGGCACACAGCCCAGUCCUGGCAACCCCAGUGCUGGGCACCACUCCCUAACCCUGUGCCCUGAGCUGGCACCCUACGCAACCAUCCUGGCCUCCAUCGCAGACAGCAGACCAAACAGUGUCCGCCAGCGGCCCAUUGCCUUUGACAGUGCCACGCACUAUUACCUCUACAACCGCCUCAUGGACUUCCUCACCAGCCGCGAGAUUGUCAACCGGCAGAUCCAUGACAUUGUGCAGAGCUGCCAGCCUGGCGAGGUGGUCAUCCGGGACACCCUCUACCGCCUUGGGGUGGCUCAGAUCAAGACAGAGACAGAGGAGGAGGGUGAGGAAGAGGAGGUAGCCGCAGCGGCAGAAUAAGCCAGGCUGUUGUACAGGGAUUGCACCAGCUAUCUCAAGCCAUAGUAAGGGCCUUGCCUGAGGUAAAUGUAUCCAGGAAACCGGUGGAAGUGUUCACCUGUGGGGAGGGCCUCUGACUGCUGGGACUGACCAAAGAGCUUCCAUUUCCUGAGCAAAGUGGGGUCCAGGGUCCUUGGUCCUGAAUCCCACCACCCCUAGGGGGUCAGGAGAAGCACCAGGAAACCUUUCACUGGCCCUGAGAGAGCACUUAGGGGGCAUAGUCUGUUCAACAGAAGGGAAGGGAGGCUGAGGGAAAGGCUGGCAGCUAGUGGCUUCCCUGGGGCCUGCUGUGGGUCAUGGGGUGGAGGUCCUGGGAGAACUAGAUGGGGAGGCUGCUGAGGCAUCUCUUCCCUCCACUGAGGAGCCCCUGUUUCCAGCCCCUGUGGCCACAUUCGUUCCUUAGCCUGUUGCCUUUGAUUUGGGGCCUUGAGGGCCUCAUUAGCUAUAGGGGCUCCUUUGGGCCCUUGAUUCUCCCCAGAGGAGGGAUGCAUUUCUCAACAGUCUGCUCUUAACCUGCACCCAAAUCUGGGAGAAGCUGAAGGGAGAGACAGCCACAGCUUUUCCAGAACUGUUCUCUGCCCUGAGCUUUGGGGAAGAGGAUCCCCUCACUCCUUUCCCUGGCUGCCACUGCUGCACCCUGCAUCCUCUUGGGCCAUGGAACCCUCACAACAGAGGGGAUGUGGCCCUUAGUCACGACACAACCUGGCAGCAGUAGGAAAAACUCCCUUCUAUGAAGGGGAAGCAGACUGGGCCACAAGGAAACAGCGGGACUGGCUCAAGUGCCCAGGGUUUGCUUAGGGCACGGGAACUGGCCGUGUGUUAUUUAAUUUAUUAAAAGGAGCGGAGUAGGUGGCUUUUUCCGCUCCCUCUUCCCCGACAAGAAUAAAGUUUAUUAAAUUAUCUGGUUUGGGUGAAGCCAG